UUGUUCACGUCGCGCGGCCGAGCGGAGCGCGUGCCGCGCACAUCUUUUGUGUUCGCGCGCGAGGCUCGCGGGAGAUACGACUUUACUUGUGACGCUCGAGUGUUUAAAAUGAAAUGUUAACGUCGUCAGCCGGCGUUCAUAAUGUUCUAGAUCAUCUAGUACUAGAUGAGCACUGAAAUGUGAUAUAGCACCAGCAGUGUAUUCAUGACCGUCAUGAGUGCCAAUACAAACCACCGGCGGCUGAAACAAGGUUUCCAUGCUUACAAGCAGAGCGCAGCUGGUGCCAACGGGGGGCCGAGCUCUCAGAUCCCCGGGCUGUCGCCGUGUGCCAACGAUGUCCCGGAGGAGAGGACCCGCGGCCGGCGCGUGGGCAUCUUCGAAACCGAUUCUGAUUACGUGAAACUCGCCAAACAAGGGGGGCAAAAAGGUUUGCUAUGGCACGAGGAGACCUCUGUAGCCCCCAAACCCAGUUCUCAGUACAAUGUGCCGGACUGGUUCUCCGCCGACUCCGAGGCUGAGCAGAAGACUAGCCAAUCAAAAAGAUCAACCCCCGAUUCUAAGACUUCCGGAGAUUUCAAGAAAAGUCCGUGUAGCCCGCUAGACGCUCCCUUUGGGAGUGAUAAUAAGUCAGCCUGGGAGCGAGAAGCUGAUAGCUUUGCUUCUGGUAAAGAGAAGAAGUCCAAAGUCAACCAGACCGCUGAGCAGAUGCAGAAAUUAUCUUUAACUGCUCCGGAUUUUCAAGAAGCGAACAAAUUCAAGAGAAAGUCCUAUGACAAGAAGCAACCACCCGUGUCCAUGUCAAAGCUUCUGAGUUUUGGAUACGUAGAGGAGAUUGAGAAGUCUCCCAAUGAUGACGACGCAUCAAGCAUGACGUCGGAGCCCGCCAGCACCAUCGCGCUCGAAGAGGAUCUGGAGUAAAGCAUUGUGGAACAACAGCUGUGCUCACACUGUGCUGUGGAGCUGCCCUUAUUCCGCUUUCUGUUUCCUUCAAACUACCACGUUCUUAGCUGAGGUGUUCAUUUCAGCCUGUUUUAGUAGAUGCUUUCUUUUCUCCUCAUUCGCAAUGCCUAGUUCAAGCAUUAGUUCUUAUAUGGUGUUUUUAGAUAUAGCGUCACAGCACACGAAUAAGCAGGAAUGUAAUGAAGCACGAUUCAGCAAACAACAAUAAGGGCUUGUGCUGCAGUAGUCAAUACAGUGAACCUCCAUAUGCAAAAGGCAGCAGUGAAUUUGAUCUCUGGGAUUUAAGAGGAACAGGUCCUGACACUCCGGGCUAAUCGUAAACGAAGGCCAAAGUGUCCACCUACGCAUCUGAAAAAAAGACGAGCGACCUCUGCUUCCAGUAGAACACGGAUUGUAAAAACGACAUUUUUUUUUUUUUCUGCAGAUUGAAAAGUACAUUCUCUGUCAGGGUUGACCCGCCCACGAUUAUUCAUUACCCUCUUGUUAGGAUUUUUUUCGCCGAUAUUUAUGUCGGAAUCUUCCAUUGAAUAGGUCUUCCAUUUUUCAAAUUGUGCAUCUGUUAAGUCUUAAUGUGCCGUUAUUUUCUCGUUGAUGUAAAUUUUUAUGCCGUGUUUUUCUUAAUUGUGAGGUCUUCCA